AUGACCGAGGAUUAUGAAUACCGCAUUUACGAUAUGGCCAAUAACAUGUCCGACUACGGCCAUUGCGCCACCAUUGUCAUGUCUCGCCACCAGGGAUUUCAGUGGAAUGAAGAAGUGUUUGUCAGUGCUUACAGACGACAGCAAGGCGAAGUGCAUAAAAGUGCAGUUCGACAAGAACGAGAAAGACGAUUGUCUCAUUCCCUCGUCACAUCGCACCAUGAACAAGUCGUUGAUAUCCAAUUGAGUCCCUCCGACUGUGAUGUCUGGCCUUGA